AUGUCACAGGAUUCUCAAUCAACCCAAUUGGUUCUCCAAUACCUCUCCCAAGGAUAUGUAUAUGUCUAUGACAAUCUUAAAGGAUCAAUCACUAUACUACCAGAGCCAGAACGCGUGUUCUACUACCUGUCAAUGAUCACAAACGCUUUCAUUACCCAUUCUCCUGCUGCAUUACGUCAAUUCAACGCAUUAUUUCAGACCUUGCCUGAACAACUCAACCCUCUCACGAUAUUCCUCGGAUUGAUUCUUCUCUACAUAAUCUAUUGUGUAUUCAUGACCACUGCACGAUGGGCGUACGGAAUCGUAUCGGGUGUAGUGAAGAUGAGCCUAGUGAUGGCCAUUGUAGGAGUAUUGGGAUAUCUAGCACAGGUCUACACAACAGAUGGCAUGGAAGGUGUAGUGAAUGCUCUUCAAGAAUUCACGAAACGAACAUGA